AUGUUUAUUUGUUGUAAAACGAAGAAUAAAAGGGCCAAACAAUCUACCCAUAACGAUUCAGAGGUGAGAUCUUUCAGUAAAGAAAACCAUUAAGAUGAAAAGGCUUAAAAUCCAGACCAGGAUCGAAAUUCAAAGCAGAACUCAAAUGAAGCUAACCAAACUGAAGAUAGUCAUAAAGAAAUUUUAAACGUUGUAAAUCAAAUUAAAGCCUAUCGAGAUUUAGGAUAGGUCAAAGAAAGUGUCGAUUUGGAGAAAUUGUUUGUGAAUGGUUUACUCGCAGAAGAUCUGCCUAUUGUUUAUUUUAUUGAAUAUCGUUGGGCCAUUCAGUACACUGGAUAUCUGGGAGGAAUGAAGAAAGCUCCGCCAAAGGAGAUAAACAACAACAAAAUAUUGACAGAUGAUCACCGAACACAGGAUACGAUACAUAUUACAAUAGACAACGAUCCACAAUUACUUCCUGGAAUUCAACCAGAAAGGCAUUAUUCACUUAUAAAUGAGAGAGCUUGGAAGUUCGUUCAUUUGCUAUACGGGGGUGGACCCACCGUAACUAUUGAUUUAGAUAAUGCAAAAUUAGAGUCUCCGUAAAACGAAAUUCAAGACUCACGCUUAGUUAAUGAUAAAGAAUGCUUAGAAGUCCAGCCAAUCGAUAAAAUAAACAAUGAGCCUAACGGAAUGCUACCCCUUCAAAUCGGAACCCAGCUGGAACUUAUCAAUGAUGGAGCUACUCAUGUAACCGCUACAACUAUUCUACCAAUAAGGCAGUCAAGAGACCCUCUUCUUGAUUUCAAGCUUUCAUGCAAUAACAUUGAAGAUAUCGAUAAAAGUGCUUCAGGUAACCUUCUCGACUGGAACAUAACUGGAUAAACUAACAAAGUUAAAAUUUUUUCAAAAGUUCCAAUGGAAUUACCGAUUAUAGGUUUUCAUAAUCCAAAGUAUAAUUGCUACAUGAAUGCUGCUCUUCAGUGUUUGUUAAGCAUUCCCAAAUUUAUUCGUAAAAUUCUUAAAAUUCAAAAAUAAUCGAAUAGGCAAUUUACUACAGCCUGUCAAGACCUUAUUAGACUAAUUUAGGGAACUAUACCUGGGUAGUCAAUCAAUUUGGAUCUAUUGGCAUUUAUUUGUUAAUAGAAAUUUAAACCUACUUAGUAGUAAGAUUCACAUGAAUUUCUAUUAUUUAUUUUAUCACAAAUUCAAGAGGAACUAAUUGGAAAGAAAAACUCUGAAAAACAAGAAUUUCUAUCUGCAACAGAAGCAUGGGAAACUUAUACUAGAAGAAACCCAGAUUUGAUAACUGAGUUAUUUACAGGACAAAUUUCUAAUAAAAAUUACUGUCUCAAAUGUAAAAAAACAUGUGAAGUUUAUGACCCUAUCCUGGAUCUUAAUUUACCCAUUUAAAAUACUCCUGGGUUAUAAGAAAUCAAAUUAAUGGAUUGCUUAAAGAAUUAUUUUAAAGAGGAAUAAAUAUUUAAUGAUUGGUAAUGCAAUCUUUGCCAAUAUAAAAACAAAUUUCUCUUAAGAUAACUUCAAAUUACACACAAACCCUAGUUUCUUAUAAUUCAUCUGAAAAGGUUUGCUUAAGUUCCGAGAAAUCAAAAGAUUUAGAAUGAGAUAUCGUAUCCAGAAAUCUUAAAUAUGAAGGAAUAUUGCACUGAAAAUGUUGUUAACCCUGAAUAUAAACUAAAGGGUCUCAUCUCACAUUAAGGAUAAAUAAAUAGUGGUCAUUAUAAGGCCUACACUAGAAGAUAAAACGUUUGGUAUGAAUUUGAUGACGAUGUUGUAACCAUCGACAAAAAAAAUAGGCAUUUAACUGAUAAAGGAGCAUACAUAAUCUUUUACGAAGCACUCUGA